AUGGCUCCUCGCAAGUUCGGUAAGAAUGCGACCAAGUUCGCACUGGUCCAUCGUGCCCAGAACGACCCUCUCAUCAACGAUGCCGACGCCCCUAGCAUGGUCUUUGCCGAACUCAGAGGCCCUCAAUAUGCCAAAAACAGCCGCAAGAUCAAGGAACGUGGCGAUCUGGAAGACGAGUUUGGCACCGACUACAAGCCCCACGAGGGCGAGGCCGCCGAGCACGGUGUCUACUUUGACGACACCCAAUACGAUUACAUGCAGCAUUUGCGCGACUUGGGCUCUGGCGGCGGUGCAGCCACUUGGGUGGAAGCCNCCUCGGCGAAAAACAAGAACAAGGGAAAGAUGAGCUUGGAAGAUGCUCUGCGCGGCAUGGACGUCAAAGACGACGACUUGCAGAGUUAUGGCGGAGAGAGUGUUGCUUCUACCAGGAGUCUGAUGCCCGACGAUAUGCUGCCCAGCGACUUUGUGCGCAAGACCACAUACCAGGAUAUGCAGAAUGUGCCCGACGCCAUUGCUGGUUUCCAACCCGACAUGGAUCCUCGCCUGCGUGAAGCCCUCGAGGCCCUGGAAGACGAAGCCUACGUUGACGACGAGGACGACAUUUUCGAAGAACUGACCGGCGAUGCUGAAGAGCUCGACCGCGACGACUGGGAGGGCCUGGAAUUUGACGAGGAAGAAGGCAAUGGCUACAUUGACGACGAGGACGACGGCUGGCAAUCUGACGACACGAUCAAAGCCGGCGACAAGGACGAAACACAUCUACCACCGCCCACCGACACCGCCGCUGCACNNCGCUCCUCCGACCCCUCCGCCGGAGCCUGGAUGGAAGAGUUCACAAAAUUCAAGCAAGACGUCAAGGCCGCAAAGGCUCUUCCCAAACAGCCCGCUCAACCCGCACCCUCAGACAGCCAAUCCAUAAACACAGGCUUAUCUUCAUUGGCAUCCGGCCGCAGGAAGAAACGCAAGGGUGCCAUGACUUCCACCUCAGGCUACUCCAUGUCCUCCUCCGCCCUGGUGCGCACAUCCGCACAAUCCCUGCUCGACCAACGCUUCGACAAGAUUGAAGAAUCCUACGCCGAAGACGAUUUCGACGACUACGGCUCCCAAUUCGACGAUGCCGAGUCCAUGGCUUCGGGAAUGACUGGCAUGUCCCAUGCCUCUGCCAUUUCCUCCUACUCGCGCGCCACAGACUCUGAAGCUCCCAAUCUCGUCCGCACAGACUUCGAUAGCAUUAUGGAUGGUUUCCUUGCUGGACACUCUAGGGCUGGUAACAGAGGCAGACAUAUCAAANAGUCGGGUUUCCAGACUGGAAUGGAGCAGCUUGAUGAGAUUCGCUUCGGGCUGGGUCCCGCGAGGUUGGGCAAGUCUGCGAGAGCGCAGAGUAGCCGUCACCAGUGA